AUGGAAGACAUAAAAAAUAUUCCACCACCAUACGAAAGGUUUUCUCAGAAACUCUGCUCAUACGACUUUCGGUCAGUCUCAGAGGACGCAAGGUACUUUUUGGAUCUACUAAGGGAUGACGAUGGAGGGCAUUGGCUGAAGAUUAAAAAAAAAACGCUUUCCACAGGCCGCGCUUACUCGAUCCAUAUUGCAUUGAGAGGAUUGAAAACUUUCUACGAUGCAGUUUCUGAGGCCCUGAACUCUCCUAAUUUGGAUUGUUCCUUCAACCGAAGGAUCGAACACAAGGUUUUUAAAUUUCGAAGGUCGCCAAAUACUCUUAAGCUCGUUGACAAUUCCGUUUGGAUUAUAGUUCCUGACACUGAUUGGGAUGGCUUUCGGAAUGGGCUGAUUCAGAUGUUAGAGGUUCAAGAUGAGGGGUGGAGCUUGUGUCCAGUGGCCAGUGGCCACUGGACACAAGCCAUACCCCAAGCUGAGGUGCGAUUGGCUACUUGGUUUGAAGAUAUUCAGGCUGAGUUCAGGGGUUUAGAGCUCCAUGGAAAUCACUUUGGCUAAUUCGUUCCAUACGGAAUGAGUUCAGUGGCUCUGUCACAGUUUGUGAAAUAACCAAUUGGGUUUGUGGCUUUCAAUUGGGCGAGUUUGUGAAUUGUACGUUGAAUUUACUUUUUCUUCUAUAUGCUCUUUAAUUAAUUACUCUGAUGAUUUGGGUAAAGUAGUAUGGCAAAUGCUGUAUAGUGUAUAGAGAGAGAGUGAGAGAUAUAAACAGCUUUAAUUCCCAGGAGUCGUAAGGUGGCGAUUCAAACCUUAGCUUACCCAAAGCAUUGCUUUAAAUUAAUAGCUUAAAAACGCAUCGUAAUGCUAUGCAUCUCAGUCAGCCAUCUUCUAGACUGUUUUUCUGAAUGGUUUUU